UCCCCCGCUCUUUUGGCCUCUCCACCUCUCUCCUUGAAGAGAAUGCAUAUUCUCUCGCCCCACUCUCUCCCGCCGGAUAUCUAACGAGCAUCACCGCCAAUCCAGUUACGUAUACGCGUGCUUUCAUCAUCACUACCCUCUGCCAUGGGCCUCCAGUCGCGUCGUGAGUCUCUAUCCUCACCCCACGUAGCCUGCAGGCCCGACUACCACGAGGCCCUUGAGGCUGACCUUGUCUGGCCCUUCGGCGAGCUUCGUGGCAUUGACCGCGACGACAUCCGGGAAACUGCAUACGAGAUAUUCUUCACUGCGUGUCGGUCAUCCCCGGGAUUCGGGGGUCGUAAUGCGCUCACGUUCUACUCCUCAAAUAACCAAGAGUGCAACGGGGACGGGUCCGGGGGCCAGAAGCCGUAUGGGGUGGUGAUGAGCCCGACGAGCCGGGUGAAGCGGGCACUCGGGUUGAAGAUGCUAAAACGGUCACCGUCGAAGAGGAUGGUAUCGGGUGUGGGGGGAGGUGGCACCUCUGCUGGGACGAACCCUCCGUCACCUAUAGCGCACGGGAGCAGCUCCUUGUCGUUCACGGUGCCACAGCCGUUGAGGCCGAGACGGCCAAUGACAUCAGCGGAGAUCAUGAGGCAGCAGAUGCGGGUGACGGAGCAGAGCGAUACCCGGCUUCGGAAGACGCUAAUGCGGACCCUCGUUGGCCACAUGGGUAGACGUGCAGAGACAAUAAUUCUCCCAAUAGAGCUCCUUCGUCAUCUAAAGCCACCCGAAUUCAAUGAUUUCCAUGAGUACCAUCUCUGGCAAAACCGGCAGCUUAAAAUCCUCGAGGCAGGGCUUCUCCUCCACCCUUCAAUCCCUCUAGAAAAGUCAAACACCUCUGCCAUGCGUCUAAGGGAGAUUAUCAGAGCUGCAGAGACGACACCAAUAGACAUCGGGAAGAAUUCCGACACCAUGAGAACACUUGCCAAUGCCGUGGCUUCGUUAUCAUGGCGAAGUCCAAAUGGAACUCCCACAGAUGUUUGCCACUGGGCUGAUGGAUUCCCUCUCAACAUCCACAUCUACAUUGCUCUUCUUCAAUCAAUCUUUGACCUCAAGGAUGAGACACUAGUCCUUGACGAGGUUGAUGAGCUUCUAGAGCUAAUGAAGAAGACGUGGUCAACAUUGGGAAUCACUAGACCUCUGCACAAUGUGUGUUUUACUUGGGUGCUAUUUCAACAGUAUGUUUUGACUGCACAGAUAGAACCAGACCUUCUUUGUGCUUCCCAGGCUAUGCUGUACUUAGAAGUAGCAAAUGAUGUCAAGAGACCAAACCGAGAGUCCGCAUAUGUCAAGAUCCUAUCCUCAGUAUUGACUUCGAUGCAAGGGUGGGCAGAGAAGAGAUUGCUUAAUUACCAUGACUAUUUCCAGCGGGGAAAUGUUGGCCAAGUUGAAAACCUUCUUCCUUUGGUGUUAUCGGCCUCAAGGAUUUUAGGGGAAGAUGUUACAAUCACGGAAGGGGCAGGACGAGAGGAAGGAGAGAUAACUUUGGUGGAUUCGUCUGGGGAUCGUCUUGGCCACUAUAUUCGGUCAUCCUUGAAAAGUGCAUUCGCCAAGAUAAUCAAAACUGGGAACAUAAAAAAUAUGAAACAAGAAGCAAGCGAGGCUCUAUUUCAAUUAGCCGAGGAAACUGAAGAUUUAGCAUUGAAGGAGAGGGAAAUCUUCAGUCCAGUACUUAAGAAAUGGCACCCAACUUCAGCUGCAGUUGCGGCCGUGACGUUGCAUAAUUGCUAUGGUGCUGUGUUGAAACAAUAUUUAGGCGGGGUGUUCGAGCUCACAACUGAGACAGUCAGGGUAUUUCAGAGGACGAGAAAACUGGAAAAGCUAUUGGUCCAAAUGGUUGUUGAAGACUCAGCUGACUGUGAUGAUGGGGGCAAAGCAAUAGUACGAGAGAUGGAUCCAUAUGAAGUUGAUUCAAUCAUAUUGAACCUCUUGAAAAGAUGGAUCAACGAGAGGUUGCAGAAAGGGAAAGAGUAUCUCCAACGAGCAAAAGAAUCCGAAACGUGGAAUCCGAAGUCCAAGUCAGAGCCGUAUGCGCAAUCAGCUGUCGAGUUAAUGAUGUUAGCCAAGGAAACUGUAAAUGACUUCUUUGAAAUCCCAAUAGAAAUUACGCAAGAUUUAGUCUUUGAUCUUGCAGAUGGUUUGGAGAAUCAGUUCGAGGAAUAUGCUACAUUUGUUGCAUCAUGUGGUUCAAAACAGAGCUAUAUCCCCACACUUCCUACCCUGACUAGAUGCAAUCGAGGCUCAAAGUUCCUUCAGUUGUGGAAGAAAGCUAGCCCAUGCAGUGCUGGUGUCGAGGAGUUGCACCAAAAUGGAGAAAAUGAAGGUCACCGUACUCAAUCAUCAACAAGCCGAGGAACACAACGCCUCUACAUCCGCCUUAACACCCUGCAUUAUCUUCUUUCCCACCUUCAUUCCCUUGACAAAACCAUCUCCCUCUCCUCGCGAACGGUUCCUUCAACUCGAAAACGUUUCACCAAUGGCCGAAGGUCCAAUAACAAUUCCUCUUCAUACUUUGAUCUUGCAACCAAAUCCAUCCAAGCAUAUUGCCAACGUAUCUCAGAAGUAGCUGCUUACCGCCUCGUCUUCCACGAUUCAAACUCUAUAUUCUAUGAUAGUCUCUAUGUCGAAGAUGUGGCCAAUGCACGGAUUCAACCAACAUUGGGCAUUCUCGAGCAGAAUCUCACUCUUAUGACUACAAUUCUCACAGACCGAGCCCAAGCCCUGGCAAUAAAAGAAGUCAUGAAGGCCUCGUUCGAGGCAUAUCUUAUGGUCUUGCUUGCUGGAGGAAGCUCUCGGGUUUUCUUUCAUUCUGAUCACGAGAUAAUAGAGGAGGAUUUCAAGGCGCUGAAGCAGGUUUUCUGCGCUUGCGGAGAAGGAUUGAUAGCAGAGGAAGUGGUGGAGAGGGAGGCCGAGAUUGCGGAAGGGGUAAUAGCAUUGAUGGGUCUGUGCACAGAACAACUGAUUGAAGAUUUUAGCAUUGUGACUUGUGAAACCAGUGGGAUUGGAAUUUUGGGUUCAGGGCAAAAUUUACCGAUGCCUCCAACAACUGGAAGGUGGAAUAGAGCGGAUCCAAACACAAUACUCAGGGUGUUAUGCCAUAGGAGUGAUGCAGUAGCAAAUAAGUUCUUGAAGAGGACAUUCCAAUUAGCUAAAAGGAGAUGAAGACAUUUGUUUUCGCGUAUAUUUGUAGCAGAGAGAUUGGAUUUGUGAUCUGAUUCAAAUGCUGGCUUCCAGCCGUUACUGUGAAAAUACACAAAUCAAGCAAAUGUUUGGGGUUCAUAAUUAGGUGGAAAAAACUUCCUGAACUUUGAAUGCAAAAAUUAAGAAACUUGCUGUGGGUCGAGAGAGAGGGCAUUAAUGUACUAUUUUUUGGCAGUGGCCUUUGUGUU